AAUUCUCUGGCAGAUUCAAAACUCAGAAGAAAGCUCAUGGACCAAUUUGUGAAUGAUGCAACAUACGGCCUCUUUAUGAGGACCGCAGAUCCAUUAUUAGAUCCGCUUCCGCUUAGAUACCCUCACAACUUGACAAGAUCUCUUCCGGAAGGGAUCACGCCCAAGGAGCUUGGUAUUAUUAAUCUCACAGCUCAGUUCAUGGCGGUUUUUGGGAUUUUCUUCCAGCGGGCUCUGAUUAAGACGGUGAUUACUGACCCUCGGUUUGACUUCAUGAUCAAGGCACCUGAUGAUUGCAAGAACUCUGUUUACUAUGGGCUCCUCGCUGGCUAUAUGCCAACUGAUGAUAGCAAGUUCUCUUUUUACUGUCGUCUCUUUCGUGGGUACUUGGCUGUAUCAAAGCCUUGCCAAGACCUGACUAAGAAUGCUGGUGCUAGUCCCGAGACUGUUCUUGAGGGGUUUUUCCAUCUUCUUGCUCUAUUGGAGGAUGAGGAGAAGAUUGGUAUGGUUGAUUUGCAUGUUUUUGAGUUUCUUGCUAAAACGUUGGGUUAUUGGACAUUACCACCUGGACACCUUUCAGAUAUGCUGCAUUCUCCGAUGAUUGAACUUCUUAGGACACCAAUUCAUGGUAUGCCAAUGCCAGACGAUUGGCAUGACAAGAUAAGGGUCAUGGAAACUGAAAUCCAUGAUGUUGAAAGCCGCCGCACUUGGAGGAACUCUGUUUCUUAUCAUGCAUGUUACCAGCAAAUGCAGAUCCUAAGUCAGGAGGAUCAUGCCUUUUGCGAGCAUCCCAAGGACUUGCAGCAAAACAAUUCUAACGACCAAGGUCCCUCGGCGCAUUCGCUUCCAUCUCCCUGGAGUGGUCUGCCGCUUCCCGAGUUCACAAGCUUAAUUCCUGAAGGGAUCACGCGCCAGGAGCUUGGUAUUAUUAAGCUCACAGCGCAGUUUGACGGUGUUUAUGGGAUCUACUUUCGGGAAGAGAUAGAGAAGCUGUUGAUUGAAGACCCUCGGUUUGCCUUCCUCAAGCCAACUGAUAAUAGCAAGUACUACUCUUUCUUCUCUAAUCUUUCUCUUGGGUAUGAUAUGGUAUUAAUACCUUCCCGAAAGAAGGGUGAGGCAUUAUUACCUAAUCGAAAGAUGAGUGGGUCUCCUAGUUUGGAGACCGUUCUUGAGGGCUUUUGGAAUUUGUUUGAAAUGGUUGAGGAGGGAGUGGACAUGGGUAUUGUUGAUUUGCAUGCUUUUGAGUUUUUUGCCAACACGGAGGAUCAAGAGUUGAAUCUACCACAUCAAUACCUUUUAAUGAUCAUGUACCCGCUGGUACCUCCGUUUGCUCAUUUGCAAGCUCGCAUGCCUCGAGGCUAUUAUCCACUAGCCCCUCCACGUGAUCUCCCAAACCCAAAGAGACUAAAGCUUGACAAGGACUCAAGCAGGCCCGGGUUGGUUGAACAGUCUUCUUUGUCAGAAGGUGGUGGUGGAGAAAAAGAAGGAGAAACAAGCCUACAGGGGGGCAAUGCUUUUUAAUCUUUUGUUUAAUACUAGCUAUAGAUGUUGGUGGCCUAAAACUAAACACCAUUAAAAUGUUUUUGUUUUGUAUGUGCAGCUUGAUGCUUGGUAAUAACUUAUCUUUAAUAUG